CACUCACUUGCAAUCGCAAAGAGACGCCGGGUCUGGUCACAGAACACCGGCACGGAGUGUUUCCACAACAUCGGAGCGAAGGCGUGUUGUUCUCGUUGCCCCCGUGGAUUCAAACUGAACGUCAAGACAGCGGAUACUUCUGCUUGCAGCAGAAAUUGGAGGACGUAAAAACGCGAGUGUUUGUCACACGCACGAUGAAGUUUGUGCUGGUCGUGUUGUGGUCGCUCCUGACCGCUGAGAAGGUUGCUGUACAAGCUCAAGAUGACUUUGUGUCGCUGGCCGAGUUGGAAGACGCCUUAUUGAGGAACCUCUUCCGAGGUUAUCAGAAGUGGGUUCGGCCUGUACAGCAUGCCAAUGACACCAUUACGGUGCGCUUUGGACUUAAGAUCUCACAACUGGUGGAUGUGGAUGAGAAGAACCAAUUGAUGACUACGAAUGUCUGGCUUUGGCAGGAAUGGGUCGAUGUCAAGUUGAAGUGGAAUCCAGAAGAAUACGGAGGUAUUACAUCUACCCGAGUACCUUCAGAGACUAUAUGGCUGCCAGACAUUGUUCUGUAUGAAAACGCGGAUGGUCGUUUUGAGGGUUCCCUGAUGACUAAAGCCAUUGUUCGGUGGGACGGGACGAUAACAUGGACCCCGCCUGCCAGCUACAAAUCCUCUUGCACCAUGGAUGUCACCUUUUUCCCCUUUGACCGCCAAAACUGCUCCAUGAAGUUUGGCUCCUGGACUUAUGAUGGAAACAUGGUUGAUUUGGUUCUGGUGGAUCAUUAUGUUGACCGCAAAGACUUUUUUGACAACGGAGAGUGGGAAAUACUCAAUGCAACAGGAACGAAGGGAAACAGGAGGGACGGGGUGUACUGGUACCCCUUUAUAACGUAUUCCUUCAUCCUCAAGAGGUUGCCCUUGUUCUACACCCUGUUCCUCAUCAUCCCAUGCCUCGGUCUGUCCUUUCUUACUGUGCUGGUCUUCUAUUUACCAUCAGAUGAAGGAGAGAAACUGUCACUUUCCACAUCCGUUUUGGUGUCCCUUACUGUCUUCCUCCUGGUCAUCGAGGAAAUCAUACCUUCAUCCUCAAAGGUGAUCCCUUUAAUUGGAGAAUACCUGCUAUUUAUUAUGAUCUUUGUCACCUUCUCCAUUAUUGUAACUGUUUUCGUCAUUAACGUCCAUCAUCGCUCCUCUGCAACCUACCACCCUAUGGCCCCCUGGGUGAAGACCCUUUUCCUUCAGAGACUGCCCAGGCUGCUGUGUAUGCGGGGGCAUACCGACAGAUACCACUUCUCAGAUACUGAGAUAAGUAGCCCUGAGCUGAAGCCACGUAGAGGGAAAGGAAAGAAGGCGGCUCCUGGACAGCCGCGAGGCAAGGAAGAGGAGAAUCAAGCCUGGCUUGCCAUGCUGGAGACGGCCACACAUUCUGUUCGUUACAUCAGUCGUCACAUCAGAAAGGAACACUUUAUCCGUGAGGUUGUGCAAGACUGGAAGUUUGUGGCUCAGGUGCUGGAUAGGAUUUUCCUGUGGGCCUUUCUCACGGUGUCAAUAUUAGGCACAGUCCUCAUCUUCACACCAGCUUUGCAGAUGUAUUUCAGCUCACCUUAACGAAUAUAUACUUGCAAAUACUGUAUUUUAGAAUUCCUGUUUUUCAGAGUUUCAGAGUUCAAAGUUUAAUAAAACUCAGUUUUUUCUUUUACCAAUAAUUUAAGUACAUGCACAAAAGUGUGCAAACAAAUAGCAAUAGGCAGGUACUCCUUGCAUGAAUGGUUCUACACAGCCAUUUAAAUACGGCACAAUCACAAAGCAUUCAUCAGUAAAUUGUUUUGUGCCCUAUACACAGCAUGCUUGACAAGGUGAUUGCACUUAAUACUAUGUAAUUAUAAUAAAGUUGUUAUUAAAAUGUGUACUGUCAUUACUUAAAAUGUUCAUUAAAUCACGAGUUAAAAAUAAA